UUAUUCAGAUUGUAGGGCAGGGCAGCAGCACCAGUUCACAUAUUGCUUCAUUCAGAGUGAAAUCGGGCUGAGAGCGGCAUUACUCCCAACAUUGUGUAGACUUCGUAAAAGUUUUGUACAUUUUACCGCACUCGUUGUAAGGCUACAUUUUUUGGUAUUCGGAAUUAUGGGGGACGCCAGUGGCACACUAAAUCUGGAUGGGAAGGAGGUGGAUUCCCUGGAACGGCGUCGCCAUGUGGAUGAGCCAUGGAAGGAUGGGAUCUCUGCGCGGACCAAUCGACGCCACCAGGAACCCCUUAGAUGCCACCAUGCGAAGCUCCGCGGGAGGGCGAUGUACACGAUUCUGGGUGCCACGACGCGGGUUUUCAUAGGAACAGCCACUUUUUGGUGUACUUCUUCACUUUUGCAAUUUCAUAGCAACUAUUUUGAAUGCCACAUUCGCCCGGUGAAUCGCUUUCGCGAGGGCGCCGACCUCUGCGCCGUGGGCUUUCGAGCUGUCUACGCCUGGAUGCGAUUGCAGGAGCCCCUGGAGCCAUCGAUGCCGCCGGAGAAGCUGGUGGUGCUCAUUCACACGGCCAUGCAGCUGGAGAUGCCCAGACUGCUGGCGCUGUGCUAUAGACUCCUGUGCACUGAGCGCUUUCGGGAGGAGCUCGCCUAUCAGGUUUAUCUCAAGGCAUUGAAAUAUCCGCAACUCGAAGCGCUGCGCAAGGUGAUGCUCCAAAGGAUCGGCACGGCAUUUGUAGCCGUGAUUGGGGGACGUGAUUUUGUGCGAAUGCCGCUGGAGGAUGUGAUGACCAUGCUGCAGCAGGACUCGCUGGGUGUCAAUACCGAGAUGGAGGUGCUCGUGGGCAUUGUCAGGUGGCUGACCGUCAAUGCGCAUGAAAUUGCAAGCGCGACGCCGCCACUGAUGGACUGCCUGCGGCUCACUCUGUUGCCAGUGGCCAUGCUGCACAAGUUCUGGAACAGAGCCAUGGCUCCAUCGGAGCCCGACGAACCCUUCAUGAACUUCUUUCGCGGCAAUCCGGCGAUGCGGGAGAGGAUCAGCUGUGCGAUCACCGUGGCGCAAUUGCAGCACUUGUACAGGACUCGUCGUGGGCUUCUCGAGUCCUGUCGCGCCAGGGGCUUCCUCGUCGAUAUGCCCAGGGAGUGGCUGUACGACGAGGAUUGCUCCUAUCACUUGGCCAGGCCCAGUGCUCCCUAUUGCCACACAAUCCAUGCUCAAGUCGUCAUCGACUACGCGCUGCGCAGGAAUGAGCGGCUCACGGAAUGCGCAGAGCGAUGGCGCAGACGUUUUAGACGAUUUUUGUCGCCUGCCGAGGAUCUGCAGCCCAUCGCCGAGGUGCCCGAGGACAAGGAUGAGGAGGCCGAAGUGCCAGCAGCGCCAGCAGUAGCGCCACCAGUGCCAGGAGUGCCAGGAGCACCACUGAUGUCAGCAGCAGAACGUCUGACUGCACGUCCCUCCGCCAUCAGGCGUGCGCAUGAAGCCAUUGCCCGCGAACUGCAAGGCCUACGGAUGGUUCUCAACGCACUGAUGGAGCGGGCACACCGACGGGCUGAGCUGGGCCUUCGACUGGAGCGACGCAUUCGGGCACUUGAGAGGGAAAACUCGUCGGGUCUCCAGCGCCACACAAUCCGCUAUGAGACAAAUCGAGAGAAUUUAUAUAGUUUGCGUGUGGUGCGGGAAGCUGACCUCAGCAAUACCUAUUCCGAUUCCGAUUCCGAUUCCGACUCCGAGGUUCAGGACGCCCAGGAAGCCAGCGAUUCUUAUUAUUUCGAGCACAUCUGUCGGCUGAGGGAGUUAUUCCUGCCGGAAACCGAGGAUCCUGCCCAGGAAACGGCCGCGGAGGAUGUGCGUCCCAUGGAGAGCAUUGUGCUGAAUAACGAUCUGAUGAUCAGCAAGUUAUUGGCGCAACUCGAUCGCUAGGCAUUUGGAGGCACAGUCUAUAUACAUAUCUAUUUCAAAAUUGCAGUUAACAUACACCAAUCACGCCAAGCGGCCAAUUUUCUCAUUGUUUGGAGUUACCAAUAUUGGAUUGUAAAUUACACAUGAAGCCACCACAAAAUGUUCGAUUCAAAUGCCCCAGAAAUGUAUAUAUUUUAUAAAAAAAACAAAAACCAGGUCAGUGGUCAGCUCUAUAA